AUGGCCUCACAGAACCAUGACCUGGCUGCUGCCAGUGCCACCACCGCCACCCAUAAGGGGGCCAAGCCUGGGUCUGGUGUUACUCGUGGGUUCGUGGGCAAGAGGUUACAGCAGGAAUUGAUGACCCUAAUGAUAUCUGGAGACAAAGGAAUUUCUGCCUUCCCAGAGUCAGACAAUCUCUUCAAGAGGGUUGGGACCAUCCAUGGGGCAACUGGAACAGUAUAUGAAGACCUAAGGUACAAACUCUCCCUUAAAUUCCCCAGUGGCUACCCAUAUAAUGCUCCCACUGUGAAAUUUGACAAGUGGUCAGCUCUGUAUGAUGUCAGGACCAUCCUGCUAUCUAUCCAGAGCCUGCUAGGAGAACCCAGCAUUGACAGCCCAUUGAACACAUAUGCUACUGAACUUUGGACAAACCCCAUAGCCUUUAAAAAGUACCUGCUGGAAACCUACAUGAAGCAGGUGACUAGCCAAGAGCCCUGA